GCCCAGCGCUGCUCCCCAGGGGCCUGUGCGGACUCGCCCUGCCUGACGUGUCACGAUGUCUGACCGGAAGGCAGUGAUCAGGAACGCAGACAUGUCUGAGGACAUGCAACAGGAUGCCGUUAACUGCGCCACACAGGCCAUGGAGAAAUACAACAUAGAGAAGGACAUUGCUGCCUAUGUCAAGAAGGAGUUUGACAAGAACUAUAACCCCACCUGGCACUGCAUCGUGGGCCGGAAUUUUGGCAGUUAUGUCACACCCGAGACGAAGCACUUCAUCUAUUUUUACUUGGGUCAAGUCGCCAUCCUCUUCAAGUCAGGCUAGGAGGCCGAGGAGAGGGUGUCAGUGGCGGCGGCGGCGGCAGCGGUGGCCCACAGGCGG